AAGUCGAACACCACUUCAUUUAUCACUUUGUUUAAGCUGUCGUGAAGACAUUGAUCACAGUUGAUCAGAUAACUCUGUUUUCUUUCAAAACUUUUUCCAAGUUCUUCAACAUCAGCUUCAAGAUCUUAAAUUCACUGCACUUGUACAUUCGCUGCCCUAUCAAAGGCGACCUGCAGCGCAAAGAAUUGGAUGUCUUCACCAGAAAGGGAACUGAAAGCAGUUCUGUAAACAAAUUUGCAAAACUACUGAGGUAAUCAACGACCUGUAAUUGUUUAGAGACGCAAUGUUUUCGGCGGUGGCUGUAGCAUUUAGCAGCUUGGUUCUUGCAGUCAUAAUGGUUGUUGGUGUAGCUGGAAAUCUUGUCAUUGUUUGGAUAGUCAAAAGUUCUUCAAGACUGAAAGCCAAAAGCCAUAUUUUGAUAGCUAAUCUCGCCGUCGCAGACACACUACAGAGCUGCAACAUAUUCUUUAUGCUCGUUACCGCUAUAAAUGGAGGGCAUUGGAUGUUUGGCGAAACUAUUUGUCAAAUGACAGCUUUCUUGACGGUGGAGUUUGUGCUCGCAUCUAUGCUCAGCAUAACAACCAUUAGCAUCAAUCGAUAUUUUAAAGUUAUGCAUGAAAAAAAAUACGACAAGAUAUUCACUGCUAAGUCUGUAUGGAUCAUAAUAGCGUUCAUAUGGACACUGCCUUUGAUGUACGCUGUACCCCCUUUGAUGGGCUGGUCAAGUUACGCUUUCGAUCCUGGAAAAUGCUUUUGUUUGUUUCGAUUUCGCACGAACAGCUCGUACGCAUUUUUCUUAGCUGGCACAAUGACAACUCCAGCUUUAGUAAUUAUGUGUUACGCUUAUUUCCGUGUUUUUCAAGCGGUGAAACUGCACAGAAACAGAGUGUGCAGUUUACAAUUACAUGAAGAACGUCAUAAACUAGGAGCGGAUGAAUACAAGAUAACUUCUGCUGUUGUAGUGGUGGUUUUAUCGUAUAUAGUUUGCUUUGUCCCUGCGACUGCAGUUAAUUUUAUCGAAAUUUUUAACUCCGAUUAUGAAAUUCCUCUGUGCAUUGACUUCUCGUCUUUUGUAUUAAUUUUCGUAAGUCAUGCAAACAACCCUCUCAUUUAUGGCUUCAUGAGUAGGCAGUACAGAGUGUCUUUUCAGGAAUUACUACAGAGGGGGUCUCAACCAAAGAGAACCCGGAAGAAAAAGGAUAAAAGCGGAGAUCAGGGAGAUCUGCAAUUACAAAAACACGUUCCAACCCUAAUAGCGGCAUCUCAAGCUUUGAGAAAACAAAAUGAUAAUACUGUAAGUUGCACAAAGAAGUGUUCGACUUCGUAAAAUUAAGCUUCUAGCAUUAAAUAAUACUGAAGGAUUUGUUUAAAA